AUGUCCACCAUAACUCUCAACAAUGGCUUCGAGAUGCCCGUCAUCGGUCUCGGCCUCUGGCGCCUGGAGAAAGACGAGCUCAGGAGCGCCAUCUUAAACGCAAUCAAGCUCGGCUAUCGCCAUUUUGAUGCUGCUGCUCAUUACAAGACUGAGAUAGACGUUGGGAACGCAAUUGCAGAAGCAAUUCAGAGUGGGCUUGUCAAGAGGGAGGAACUUUUCAUCACCUCCAAGGUUUGGAAUUCAGACCAUGGGCAUGUGGUUGAGGCCUGCAAAAAUAGCCUGAAGAAGCUUCAGUUAGAUUAUCUGGAUCUCUACCUUGUUCACUACCCAUUAGCCACCAAGCAUAGCGGAGUUGGUACAACUGCUAGUCUUUUGGACGAGAAUAAGGUGUUGGACAUAGACGUAACAGUCUCCCUGGAAACUACAUGGCACGACAUGGAAAAGACCGUUGACCUCGGCCUAGUUCGUAGCAUUGGUCUCAGCAACUACGAGCUCUUUCUGACCAGAGAUUGCUUAUCUUACGCCAAAAUCAAGCCUCAAGUGAGCCAAUUUGAAACUCAUCCUUAUUUCCAGCGUGAAUCUCUCGUCAGAUUCUGUAAGAAACAUGGAGUUGUACCUAUGGCCCACACCCCUCUAGGAGGUGCUACGGCUAAUGUCAAAGCAUUUGGUUCCAUUUCACCUCUGGAAGAUCCAGUUCUCAUUGGUCUGGCUAAAAAGUACAAAAGGAGUGUGGCCCAGAUUGCUCUGAGGUGGAACCUUGAGAGGGGCACACCAGUGAUUCCAAAGUCCUCAAAAGUUGAGAGGUUGAAAGAGAAUUUGGAAAUUCUUAACUUCAAGCUGGAGAAAGAGGACAUAGAGCUGAUCAAUACUAUAGACAAGAAAUUCAGGACCACUCUACCUUCCUUAUCUUGGGGAGUAGAUGUUUAUGCAUAA